AUGUCCACAUUAAGUGCAACCACGUCCACCCGGACUGUGCAGCCACCGCAGGCACACGCAAAGGCACAGGAUCUUGCGACUCGCCUCUUGAAUGGGACUCUCCACGCCAGUUAUCCACCCGUGGAAAAGUUCCUGACUAUCGACGGCUUGCUCAGGUCUCAUGCCGAAGAGCCAGAUGCGGGCCAAAGGCCCUUGAUAUGCUAUCCGAUUCGAGGCGCGAAUGACUUCGAAGAGCACACAGCGAAGGAUCUGGACCGAUAUACAGAUGUCGCAGUUCAACAUUACAUGGACAAUGGUCUCCCACCGGCAGAUCCGUCCUUGGAAGAAGCGCCGGUGGUAGCCCUGUUAGUCGGAUCAAGCUUCGAGGUCAUCGUGACCUUUUUUGCAUUAAACCGAAUGGGCUAUGCGGUUUUAUUUCUUUCCACUCGGUUGCCAGGCGAUGCCCUUGCCCGCCUGAUGAAUAUGGCAAAGAGUCAUCUUAUGGUGGUAACUCGUCAAUAUAGAACGACCUUUGGAAACAUCUGCAAGGAACGACCUGGCUGUCGCGAGUUCCCCAUGCUGCAGAGAAUGGAUUGGUUCAACCGUCCAGCACCCGCUACUCGUUUUACUCGAGACACUGCUGACCUAGUCAAAGAAAGCCAGAAGAUGGCAUGGAUCUUGCACUCGUCUGGAAGCACCGGCUUCCCCAAACCCAUCUUUCUCACCAAUUAUCAAGUCUUGGCCAAUUAUCGGAAGAGCUUCGGCCUUCGUCUCUUCAACAUUAGCCCUCUUUUCCACUCGCAUGGUUUGAUGGAGAUUAUGCGGGCGUUCUAUACGAGAGCGACCGCCUACAUUGGAAACCACUCGCUUCCGGUAACAUAUCAAACUCUAUAUGACGCUUUGGAGGUUGCAAAGCCAGAGCAGAUCAGCGCCGUGCCCUUCGUGAUCAAGCUGUUAGCCGAAAAACAAGAAGGAAUAACUGCCCUCGCUCAAGCUGAGCUUGUAUUAUUUGGUGGCUCGAGUUUUCCCGAUGAUCUAGGCGACAGGUUGGUCUCACAGGGAGUCAAUCUGGUCGCAAACUACGGUGCCACGGAAACGGGGCAGAUAAUGACUUCGUUUCGAAACGCUGGAGACACCGAAUGGCAAUAUAUGAGACUGCACCCCCCGGUUGCGGACUUUACUUUGAUGGACGAAAUAUCACCCGGUGUUUUCGAAUGCGUGGGACUGGACGGGUUGCCUAGCAAAGGCCCUUCCAACUCCAAGCCACCAUACAGCGAGAAAAACCCUGCAAAUAGCUUUAGGACAGCUGAUCUAUUCACAAGACACCCAGACCCCAGGAAGAGUAACUUUUACAAGUACCUCAGUCGCUUGGACGAUCGGAUCACUCUCGUCAACGGAGAGAAAGUGCUUCCGAUUCCAAUCGAAGGCCGCGUGAGAGAGGAAGAGCUUGUUGGCGAUUGUGUCGUCUUUGGCUUUCAACGAACCGUUCCAGGGGCGUUGAUCUUCCGUGCUCCUGGGAAGGCAGCGCAUUUGAGCGAUGAGGAGUUCUUGGAAAGGAUCUGGCCUGCGAUCGAAGCAGCAAAUUCGCGAGCCGAGUCAUUCUCUCAAAUUCCCAAAGAGCUCGUGGUGGUCAAGGGCGCUGAUGUCACUUAUCCGAGGACAGACAAGGGCACCUGUAUUCGCGCCCAGGUCUAUCAGCAGUUUGACGAAGAUAUCAAGGCUGCGUAUGCAGCCUUUGAGGGGAGCGGCGAAGCAAUUGGGUCUCUUGCUCUCAGUAUACCGGAACUGGAGACCUGGCUCAUGUGUCGAUUCCAUGACGAUUUGGAUGUACCCUUGGAGAGUGUCGACGCCGACAUCUUCUCAGCUGGUGUUGAUAGCCUGCAAACAACCCGGAUUUGGCGAUCCAUCGUGCGUGACAUAGACCUGGGAGACCAGGGUAAAAGUCUCUCUCAAAACAUCGUCUUUGAGAAGGGGUCUAUUCGCGCUCUUGCAAGACACCUCUACCAGAUGCGCAAUGGCGAAGAAACAGACCAGGAGGAUGAAGUGCCAGUUAUGAGAGAACUAAUUGAGAAAUAUUCUCGUUUCGCGCAUCAUAUCCCCACCCUUCAACAUCAGCCAGCCGCCGAAUCGGUCCUUGUCACCGGUGGGACUGGAAACCUCGGAGCAUUUAUCAUUGCAGAGCUAUGUGUCUGCAGUCUGGGCUCUUGUCGAGCCCCAGGGCAAGCAAGUGCUGGGGCUCGCAUAACAAAAGCGUUGGCUGACCGGGAUAUAGCCCUGACUGAUGAUGAAGCCGCGAAGAUUCGAGCACUGCCCAGCGACCUUUCUCAGGCGAACCUGGGAUUGGACAACUACAUUGUUGAUCAUCUUCUGUCCUCUUUAACGGGAGUCAUACACAGCGCGUGGGCCAUCAACUUCAACCUCGGAGUCCGCUCGUUUGAACAACAGCACAUUCGAGGCACAUAUAAUCUCAUCAACUUUUGCCUCCGCUCCGAGCUUCCCGUCCCCCCUCGCUUCUACUUUUGCUCUAGUGUGAGCACUGCGAGCAAUACGCCGAAGCCUGCUUCUAUCCCCGAGACUAUGGUUGAAGACUUAGCACAUGCCCAAACCACGGGAUAUGGAAGGUCGAAAUUGGUCACAGAACAUAUCACUCGGAAUGCCAUGCACCAUGCGGGCAUUUACGCGAGGGUAUUGCGAAUUGGUCAGCUCGGUGGCGAUACUCGUAGUGCCCGAUGGAACGAUACAGAGGCUAUUGCUUUAAUGUUCCGCAGCACUUUGACGACAGGUUCUCUUCCUGCUUUGGAAGAAAGACCCAGUUGGCUGCCGGUGGAUCAAUGUGCUCAGGCCAUUACGGACAUCUCCCUCACCACGACAUCUAGCUCUCAAGAAGAGAACCUUGUUUACCAUCUUGUCAAUCCACAUAGCUUUAGUUGGAAAAAUGACCUCUUGCCAGCUUUAAAGAAGGGAUCCGCGUUGCCCCCUUUUGAAGUUGUUUCGCCACAGGAGUGGCUAAAGAAGCUGGCAGGAAGCGACCAAGAUCCAGAGAAAAAAUCCCAGCAUCAAAUUUAUAGUGGCCAGAAUGGAGGGCAAUCCGAAAACGCCGGGCUUGUGUUUGAAACGAAACGCACAACACAAGAUUGCCCCUCCCUUGCUCUUGUCAAAGAUCCGGUUGCAGAGGGGUUGAUCCACCGGUAUAUCAGCGUUUGGAUGUCACGCUGGACAGACCAAUGA